GUAGGGGUGGGGGGCAGUUUCUAUCCCUGCCCAAGGCAGGAAGGGCUACUGUCCAGCUCAGACCUUAGGGUGGAUCAGUUCCCAGUCCCUUUGGAGGCUUACUGGCUGUGGGUCUUUGGGCCAGAAAUUGUGCCGACUGUGCCUUGGUCCUGUGCUCCUGGUGAGGAUGACCGAGAAGAUGUUGGGUGUCAGUUUCCCAGCGUGCCACAGCAGUCCUCACUAGAGGUCAGCUCCCCUCCACCACCUCGCAGAGGCCAGACCUCAGGGCCCCCCCACAACCUGGUUGGAGUAGGCUCGGGGAGCGGAACUGAGCAGCAGCUGUGGUGGCAGCUUCCUUCCCGAUCACAUGGGGGCUUGGCUCCUGACCCUCGGAGCCUCUGGACACACGCAGUCUCCGUAACACUCUGUGAGGAACCAGGGGCAGAGGUGCAGCAUGGGCGUGGUGGCCAGCAUCCUGAGAGUCCUCCUGCUUCUCCUGGAUGUUGGAAGAGCUCAAGUGUUGGCAACGGGCGAGCCUGCUGUCACUGACACUGGUGCUGAUGCCAAAUAUGCCAUCAUUGGGACGGUUCUGGGGGUCGCCAUAUCUGCUGGCCUCCUGGCCCUGAAGAUUUGCGUGAUCCGCAAGCAAGUGUUUGAUAACGACGCCUCAGAUCAGAAAGACACAGCCCGGCAGCACAUGUUUGAUGGCGACGCCUCAGACACCAUCGUGCUGAAGAAGAGCGCCCUGAGACGAAACCACAAUUCCUCAGAAAGAGAUGCCCAGGUAAUUGAGCUGUAACAGAGCGCCCUCCUCAGGAGUAGUUCAGCAGUCUGGAAAACUGCCCAUGAUUUCCAUUUUGGGGGAUUUCUUGAAUUUUAAUGCUAAGGCUGGUGUUUGACCUACACGAAGAACUCAAUUCAGGAGACAAGAAGGAGAAGGGACAGAAUCUACAGUGCGUCUACCCUGAAGAAACGUAUUGCUCCUCUUCCACAAGACUCUGGGUGCAUAUGCUGAGGCAUGAACACUUUAUCUAGAUGUAGGAAAGGAUUUAAGCUAAUAAAUCCACAGCAUUUAUCCCGAGCUCCCAUGAAGGAGCGGUUCACGGCAAUGGAACCUACCCGCAGCAAUGGCUCACGGAAACGGGAACCAAACCCAUGACUGAAGCCUCCUUAUCACCAGUCUUACAGAUAGUUAAGCAGCAUUUUCUAGAACAGUUAGCCUGAUUUCUUAGCUUCCAGGAGAAUCCUACUUCAAACGCAGGCCUAAGAACAUCCAGGGACACUGAAGCAUGGAGGCUGUGACCUACCAAAGGGGGGAAAUGGUGGGCUGUACUGAGGUGAGAGGACGUGCAAAGAAAUGAAAGAGGGGCUUGAUGGCCACGCAAUGGGCCUACCGAUCUUCUGGGCUAAGUAAACAAUGGAGCUAACAAAAGGUUAAAUGAAGAAGCAGCUUCAGUGUUUUGUAGAGAGUUAUGCAAAUAUAAAUGAUUAUUUUUAUCCUUAUAUAAUUAUUCUGUGAUUAUUAUUACCAUGUGCAUAGCUUAUGCACGCAGGCAUGACUUGCAGAGGUUGAGGAAACCCACAUCAUUCUCUUAUUGCCAUCGACCUUGUGUCGCUGACCCUUGUCAACACUCCUCCCCUGUGAUAUUAACCCUGUGUUGCUGGGACUGCAUAGUGAAAAGCUCCAGGUGGACGGGUGGGCUGAUUCUCCUUGGAUUGGGUCCCCCUCCAAGUGUAAAGAAUGAUGAGCUCUAUUUCACAGCAAAGUGCUCUGUUACAACAAUUUGCCUGGAUUCUCAGUGUGUCUUUUAUCUGACUCCAUAACAAUGUUGUUCAUUAGCCGCCUUUGUUAACUGAUAACCUAAAGCAGUAACAAGACACUCAUAAGCAAUUUUCUGUGUGUAAAAAAAAAAAAAAAAUUUUUUUUUUUUUAGGAUAAAAUAAACCAUCUUGUAAGGUGUCUGCUAAUUGAUUUGCUUCUCCUAGCAGAACUUUAACUAGCAGAGACACUUCCAAGUGGAAGGUGAGUGCACCUGGACUCUCAGGAACCAUCUCCUUUUCUACAGACCUGAGAGAACCUGGAGUCCUCCACCUCACCGCCGCUCUCCCGGCACCGCCGCUGGGCUCUGUUUGUGUUUUAGCCCCACACGCAUGUUCCUGUUUGAAGAAUAGAGAGAAGUCGGCUAAAGACAAGUGCUUUUUCCUCAGGGUAGACAGGCUGGCAUGCCCCAGGAGGCAUUGUGCGUUGGGGGGCCUACCUGGCUUACACCCCAAAUCUAAGCUCAGUGGUUUUCAUCUGCUGCAGUCCUGCUGGAAGCUCUCUGAAGCCCCUCUUAAUAGCCUCUCGUCAUGGGACUAGUACUGGGCUGGGGCUUCCAACAGGCUCUCAGAAGUGUUUAGGAGGAGUCACAAGAUCCCAUUCUCUCUGUUGGUGAAACAGCUUGAGUGAUUCAGGCUUUGAGACACAGCUGCCUCACACUGUGGUUUGGGAAUAGACUUGCAGAGGCCAGGGGCAGGAACAAACCCUGUUGUCCAUCUCCAGUAGGUCCUAGAGCCACAGAAACACACACAGGUCCUGGAAAGCCCGCCAUGGCAGGCAGAACACCCUGCCCAGAGGGUAGGGGCUGACAGCACUCAAAUGCUUAGAGGAAAAGCCAUCCCAACAUGGUCGAGGAGGCUGCAGGGGGCAGCAGCUAGCCAGGAUCUAAUGGGGUAGCUGUGGUUUGGUGCCUCAGGAUCCAGUACCUGGAGGAGAAGGUGAGAUGGGAGAGACUUUUCUGGCAAGGUUAACAAAUUAAAAAUAUGUAUAAAUCUAUAUAUCAAUAAAUUUAAAAUAUGUAUAAAUUAAAUUACAGUCAAUACAUUUAAAAUUACCUGUGUGUGUAUAUAUACUCUGUGUGUGUUAAAAGUACAAAUAUCACAGAAUUCCAAGAAACAUAUGGGGGUUUAAAGGAGUUAAUAAAUGACCUCCCUUUUCAUCAUCCGAGUUUGAAAAUGACGAAGAGUUAGGCAGGUGGAGGUUAUUCUGAUUUCCAAAUAAGUCAUGACAAGUCAGUAUCAGUUGCCACCUCUGGGGUUCUGUGUUGCAUCCUUGCCACAGUUAAGUGAGAGAUGAGCGCAGCUUGGAUUGGGCUGAUGGCAGCAAGGUGAUGAGCAUGGAUGGGUUUGGGGUGGGCUUUAGAGGUGGAGAUGACAGGACUUGCAGAUGGAUAGAUUUGGGGGAGAUGAGGGAAAAAAGACUGAAGCAUCACUCCUAGGUUUUGGUUUGCAUAAUGGUUUGGGUUAGAAGAGGGUGCGAUUUAUUAAGAUGUGGAGAACUGGAGGAGUGCUAGGCUUCGGGACGGUUUCUGAGUCGGGUCUUGGGCCUCUCACAUUAUGCUGCCUGUUAGAAAGCCCAGGGACCGGCUGCGUUUGGAGAAAGUGAAAGUCACAUUCCUGCAGGUGCUCUGACUUUUGAAACGAGGCUAAAAAUACACUUGUCAGAGAUUGUUCUAGAACAUGCUCUAGAAUUCGUUAGAGAAGGCAGGGAGAAUUGGCCUGGAGGAAUUGUAAGGCUCCUCUCCCUGAGAUGAAUGCGUAGAAGGAGUUGCUUACACAGAGUGAGGAAGUCCAGAGCAGAGCUUGAAGAUGCUAGCAGAAGGCGGGAGAGGUACCUGGGACAUGAAGCCUAAAUGGGGCAGGUCCCGGCUGGAAGAGGGAUGGGAGCCUUGGAUCCACAACCAGUUCUUCUGUGCUCAGGACCUAUCCUGCUGGCUAAUUCUUCCUCUUUGGAGUCUCAAACUUGUCAGAGAAGUUCGUCAUCCUUCAAAGAAUCUGAUUUUCAUGAGAGCAUAUCAGUGUAUGACAAACCUGUGGCCCAGCUACCAGACUACAUGUUCAGAACCAGGGAAGUCACUCCAGCGACAGGUGCAUCAGCCCACAUAUCAGCACACUUGGGGUCCUGGAUUGUCAAGACUUGUCAUUUUCCUCUCCGUUUGUUAACUCAGACUUCGGAGGUUCCAUUUCUGAACAGUGCAGGGUGGCGGUUGGGAGCACAUGGCUGGAGCCAGGCUGUAUGCGUUCAAAUGCUGCUUUGUGAGCUGGGCAAAUGAUCCAAAGUUCCUAUGCCUCAGUUUCCUCAACUUUAAAAUAGGCUACUGGUUAUGUUCGCCUGCCAGGGUCUUGGUGAGACUGACAGGAGGUGACGCACCUAGAGCUCUUAGAGCACCGUAUGACAGCACUGUCAUACGCUGAUAACGUCUGACGCGGCCAGCCUGGGUUAUGGCUUUGGUCAAGUUCUACCACCUUCUGAAAUUCAGAAAAGGUGAGAUUAAGGAAGGGUUCAUUCUUAAGGGCAAAUUUCUUUGCAGAUUUUUUAAAACAAACUUUUCAUUUUAGAACACUUUUAGAUUUACAGAAAAGUUUCAGAGGUAGUUCAGAGAAUUCCCAUACGCCCCACCCCAGCUUCCCCUAUUGCUAAUAUCUUACGUUAGUAUGCCGCAUUGUUCUCAACUAAUGAACAAAAAGAUGGAUGCGUUGUUGCUAAAGGCUAUACUUUAUUCAGAUUUCCUUAGUUUUUAUCUAAUGUUAGUUUUCCGCUCCAGGAUCCCAUCCAAGAAACCACAUUAUAUUUAGUUGUUAUAUUCCUUAGGCUGUGCUAGUUUUUCAGACUUUCCUUGUUUUUGAUGGCCUCAACAUUUUUGAGGAGUACUGGUCAGAUAUUUGGUGGAAUGUGCCUCUGUUGGGAAUUGUCUGACGUUUUUCUUAUGAAGAGAUAUUUCUUUUAAGCUGAGAUUAACAUAAAAUUGAUUAUAAUCAUAUGAAAGCUAUGUGUUCACUAAUCUUUAUUGUUGUUCAUAUAAAUAAAAUUAGCCAGAUAGCUGACAAACCUUACUUAACUCUGAACUGAGUACCAGUUAAAUUAGAGUUGCCUCUGGCUCUUCAGAUUUUCAAUGGUUGAUUUUUUGGAAGUAGAUCACCAGGCCUUUUUUCCAGGUGCAUCUGGGUGGACUUGAACCUCCAACCUUUUGGUAACCAGUUAACCACAUUAACUCCUUGUACCAGGACUUUAAACUGGUUUGUUCCAGUUCAAAGCCCUGCUGAGACUUUGCAUUUCUAACAAGUUUCCAGGUGAUGCUUCUGUUUAGGGACCAGCUCUGAGAACCACGAGUAGAGCAGUGGAUCUCACAGUUUAUGAUACAGCUGGGGAGCUCGUUAAACUGUAGAUUCUGAUUCAGUAUAUCUGGGGUGGAAAUGCAAAUUCGCAGGAUUGGUUUGAACCAGAACGAACCAGUUCGAAGCCCUGGUUUGUAUAACCCAGUGACUCCUUGAACUGGGUAAGCUUAGUAAAAAAAAAAAACAUUUAUAAAUAAAGCAAAGUAAGUGCUGCAAAUUAAUGACAAGCUGGUAGCCCCACAGAACCACCUGUGCUUUAGGAUAGUGGGGUUGGAUUAAACAGUAAGCAAGGUGCGCACAGGCUUCAUUGCACUUAUUAACUAAUCUGUAGUGCACAAUUUCACAUGGGUUUCAUAUCUUGGAUGCGGUGAAAAACAAAUGAAAUUGUGCACUGCAGAUCAGUGAGUAAGCAUGAAUAAAUCCACACAUACCUUGCUAAUUGGGUAAACUGUCCCUGGCUUGAGGCUUUGCUCUGGAGGAAGUAUAGAUUUGGGUUGCUUGUCCACAACCGAGAUAAAGACAAGCUCACCUUUGCUCACUUGUGUGGACAGCCAGGAGCUCUUGGCAGGGUGGUAUGAGCUCUCCAGGGAAGUGAAUUAGAGCUGCCCUAUGGAUCUCAGCAUGAAAAGAUCCAUAAGGAAGACUUUAAAAUGUGGUUUUCUUGUAUUUUGUUGUUCUUUUCUGAGUUUAAAUCAGAAGGUGGUUCUUAUAUACUGGAAACAAAUCAUGAUUCAAGCACAACUGCUGACAGACCAACAGGAAUUAAAACCAUGUUUCAGAAUGACCCAAGGCAUGUUCUGAUGGGGUGUUUGCAGCUCAGCGCAAAGGUCUCUGCAACUUUCAGCAGUGAACUCACUCUGAACAAUAGGUGUCUCCUGGCCUCUAGUCCUACAUCAUCCAGAAAGUCCAACCUGCUGCUGCUGUGGAUAAUAUUCCUUUCAACUCUGUUAGCCUUCCAAAGUCAGGUUAUGGUGGUGGCUUGUGAUCCCCUUUUCAGACCCUGAUUUGUGUUCAGUCGGUGGGCUGUGAGUAGGACUGAUAAUCACAGAUCAUAAGGAAAUGACUACCCACUGAAGGAAAAUAAGGCACAACAGAAUACAAGAAAACUUUCUUAGAGAAUCAUGGCAGGUACCUACUACCUUCACCCAUACCUGUCUUUUUUUUUUUAAUAUAUAUCCAUGUUUUUUAGACACUAUAACUACCAAUGUGUUUAGUUACUUACAUAAUCACUCAUUCAGCAUGGUUAAGUAUAUCAGCUCUGAAGCCAGAUGGCUGAGUUCUAAUUCCUUCCUGCUGUGCCACUUACUAUACUAUUACUAUAAGUGACCUUUGACAAGUCACUUAAUUUUCUCUUAGUUUCCUCAUCUGUAAAAUGGGAAUGGUGAUGAUAAAGCUAUCACCCCCACACAUCUGUCAAGAAAUUUGGAAGACAGCUACCUGGCCAACUGACUGGAAGAGACCCAUAUUUAUGCCUAUUCCUAAGAAAGUUGGUCGAACCGAAUAUGGAAAUUAUCAAACAAUAUCAUUAUUAUCACAUGCAAAUAAAAUCUUGCUGAAGAUCAUUCAAAAGUGGCUGCAGCAGUACAUCAAGAGGGAACUUCCAGAAAUUCAAGCUAGAUUCAGAAAAGGACAUGGAAUGAGGGAUAUCAUUGCUGAUGUCAGAUGGAUCCUGGCUGAAAGCAGAGAAUACCAAAAAGAUGUUUACCUGUGUUUUAUUGACUAUGCAGAGGCAUUCAACUGUGUGGAUCAUACCAAAGUAUGAAUGACAUUGGGAAGAAUGGGAAUUCCAGAACGCUAAUUGUGCUCCUGAGGAACCUAUACAUAGAUCAAGAGCCAGUCUUUCGAACAGAACAAGAGGAUACUGCAUGGUUUAAAGUCAGGAAAGGUGUGCUUCAGGGUUGUAUCCUUUCACCAUACCUAUUCAAUCUGUAUGCUGAGCAAAUAAUCCAAGAAGCUGGACUACAUGAAGAAGAACGGGGCAUUAGGAUUGGAGGAAGACUCAUCAACGACCUGUAUUAUGCAGAUGACACAAUCUUGCUUGCUGAAAGUAAAGAGGACUUGAAGCACUUACUGAUGAAGAUCAAAGACCACAGUCUUCAGUAUGGAUUACACCUCAACAUAAAGAAAACAAAAAUCUUCACAACUGGACCAAUAAGACACAUCAUGAUAAACGGAGAAGAGAUUGAAGUUGUCAAGGAUUUCAUUUUACUUGGAUCCACAAUCAACACUCAUGGAAGCAGCAGUCAAGAAAUCAAAGACACAUUGCAUUGGGCAAAUCGGCUGCAAAAGACCUCUUUAAAGUGUUGAAAAGCAAAGAUGUUACCUUGAAGACUAAGGUAUGCCUGACCCAAGCCAUGGUGUUUUCAGUUGCCUCAUAUGCUUGUGAAAACUGGACAUUGAAUAAGGAAGACAGGAGAAAAAUUGGUGCCUUUGAAUUAUGGUGUUGGCAAAGAAUAUUGACUAUACCAUGGACAGCCAAAAGAACAAAGAAAUCUAUCUUGGAAGGAGUACAACCAGAAUGCUCAUUAGAAGCAAGGAUGGCGAGACUACUUAUAUACUUUGGACAUGUUAACGGGAGGGAUCUGUCCCUGGAGAAGGACAUCAUUGUUGGCAAAGUAGAGGGUCAAUGAAAAAGUGGAAGACCCUCAAGGAGAUGGAUUGACACAGUGGGCUUAAGCAUAACAAGGAUUGUGAGAAUGGCACAGGACUGGGCAGUGUUCUGUUCUGUUGUACAUAGGUUGCCAUGAGUCCAAACUGAGUUGAUGGCACCUGACAACAACAAAGCUACCACAUACAGCUGUCAUCAGUUUCCAAUGAGUUAUUGCAUGUAAAACACUUUGAACAGUGCCCAAAACUUGUAAAUGCUCUAUUAAUGUUACCUAUUAUUAAGCAUGGUUCUAGACACUGUGGGAAAAACACAGAUGACAAAGAUGUGGUCCUUAACCUAGGAAACCAGUCAAGUAGUGUCUGUAUGCAUGUCAUCAGGCUGAUUCCAACUCACGGUGAUCCCAUGUGUGUCAGAGUAGAACUGUGAUCCACAGGGUGUUCAGUGGCUGUGGAAGUAGGUCACCAGGCCUUUCUUCUGAGGUCCCUCUGGGUGGUCUGGAACCUUUCACCUUUCAGUUAGCAUCCCAGCACAGUAACUGUUUGUACCACCCAGGGACUAUUUUACAGGUGUGAGUAGAGUGCUGCCGGAGAUCAGAAAAAGAAAAAGAAAACCAUAAUUGGCAGUUCAGAGUGAUGAUUCAGCCGGGACAAGAAGGGCUGUGUAUCAGAGAAUUUAGAGACUUGGCAUGCCAAUUCUCCGAAGUAUAAAAGAACUUGGUGACGCUAAGGAAUAGCAAGAAAAUCACUGUUCCCUGGGGUUAGGCUGCAUGGGAAGAGAGUGGUAGGGAAGAAUGAUGCAAACAAGGUAUUAACAAGCUUAGCCAUUUGGUUGUGUGGAUUUUGUGAAACUGUUUUCUCUUUCAUAGAGCUAAAUGCAAAAGUAAAUUUCCCAGAGCUGAAGAAAGAUAAUAGAUAGACAUCAGCUUAAAAGGAAGGACCCAGUGAGGUAAAUGUAAAGCCAACCACACCCAGAAAAAAAACAAAGUAAAAUUCGAGAGGACCAAGAACAGAGAAAAUUAAAUUACCUACCAAAAUAUGAGAAUGCUAUUGAGAUUAGAUUUCUCCUUGGCAGAACUGAAUGAAAGAAGACAAAGUAGCAAUAUUUUCAAAAUUCUGAGGGGAAAUAAUUAUGUCCCCUACUAUUCUAUGGCCAAACUGUCUUUCAAGUGAAUAUGCCAAAAAAAGAAAAAGACAUGUUAUAUCAUGCAAAAACUCAGAAAAUUUACUCUCCAAAAAGAAUGCUCUCUGAAAGAAUGACUAUAAGAUGAACUUCAACAAAAUAAAAAAUGAAUUUAAGAGGAAUAUGUAAAAUAAAAGAAGUGAGAGUGAGCAAGUGAACCAGUAAAAUUUACAUUUAAGCUUAAAUAAGUUAUGGUUACUUUAAAAAAUGGUAAUACUAAUGAUAGUGCAAUACAUUUAAAGUCCCAGAUAAUCUUAACAUGGAAGGUAGUAUGGGAGAAAAAGGAGGGAAAAAAGUAAAAGCAUUACA